GCCCAUGACCCAAAAUAUCCACCCCCAUUCGAAUUUCCAUGAAAUAAAUACUCAGCGCUAUUCAUUUUCACUCAUUCAUUCAGUUAUUCUAGAAACGUCUUUUGCACUCUCUCUCUGAUCAAAGCUUUCGUUCUCUCUGCAGUCAUGGAGUUUUGGGGUACUGAGGUUAAAAGCGGAGAAUCACUCAAGGUUGAGCCAGAAGAUGACAAGAUUAUCCACCUUUCAGCGGCAUGUCUGGGGGAGGUCAGCAAGGAUAAAGGGGGUGAACCAGUAUCCCUAUAUGUGAAGAUUGAUAACCAGAAGCUCCAACUUGGAACACUUUCUUCAGAAAAAAUUCCUCAGAUAUCUUUUGAUUUGGUAUUUGAGAAGGAAUUUGAGCUAUCACAUAACUGGAAAUAUGGGAGCAUCUUCUUUACUGGAUUUAAAAUGGAAUCUCUGCUGGUUUCUGAUGAUGAUGAAAAUUCUGAUGAUAGUAUUGAGGAAGAUAAUCCAGUUAAUGCUGCUAAUGGGAAACCUGAGGUUGAGGUUAAGAAUGGUGCCAAACCUGGUGUAAAUGAAGCUCAGCAAAAUAAGACAUCAGAUCCAAAAAAGAAACAGAAGGAUAUUGAAAAUGAUGUUAGUGCUGACGAUGAAGAAGAUUCAUCUGAAACUGACUCUGAUGAGGAUUCUAGUGAAGAUGAGCCCGUGGCGAAUGGUCAAAUUGAAAGUAGUGAUGAUGAAGACGAUAGCGAAGAGGAUGAUGAAGAUUCUGAUGAUGAGGAGACACCAAAGAAGACUGAAGGGGGCACUAAGAGGGUUGCUGAAUCUUCCAAGAAAACACCUGUGGCUGUGAAGAGAGCAAAAUUUGCUACUCCAGAGAAGACUGGUAGCAAGAAUGGUGUCCAUGUUGAUACUCCUUACCCUAAGCAAACUGUUAAAUCAGGUGCAAAUAACAAGCCGCCAAUGAAGCAGCAGACUCCACAGUCAACUGGAGAUUACAGCUGUAAACCUUGCAAAAGGUCAUUUAAGACUGAAGAUGCUUUGGGUUCUCAUAAUAGGGCCAAGCACAGUGCCAAGUGAAGGGUUUCUUAGCUUUAUUUCAGAAUUCAGAAUAGUGAGCAUCUUGAUGUUUUUUGUAUCUGGGGUGACCUGAAAAUACAGUUGUUGGUUUAGGAAAGCUGGCUGAUUUUUAUUUUAUUUUAAUUUCAUGAGUAUUAUUCAACUUGGAUUAUUAUCAACUUGAGAUCAAAUUCUGACUUUGGUUUUAUGGUCAUGUUUACCUUUUCAGUUACUGGUGAUUUUGUUGGAACA